AUGGCCGGCGUAAAUUGCCUCCUCCGUCUACAAGCAAGUUUUCUCGGACUCCCGUACGACCGCGAUCCUCCCGCUAACACCCGCCUCAGCUCCCUCAUCAAGAGGAACUAUGUCUUCUUGACCACCGUCUUCGUCGGUGCCUUUGCGGCUCAACUGUCGUUUGACACCGCCUCGGACAAGGUCUGGGACAGCGUCAACAAGGGCCGCCAGUGGAAGGACAUCAAGCACAAGUAUGUCGAGGCCAGCGACGACGAGUAG